AUGUCAAACACAAGCGACAGAAGUACGGAAUCAGAAGACGGAGAGAUUGAUCGCCACAAGAAGUACAGGAGGAGUGCCGGUGAGAGGGCUGACACUCAUCGACACCACGACUAUGACAACAAACACCGGAAGAGACACAAAGACAACGACAGUCCGGACUUGCAGUUCGUUUCCGAUGAGAACCACUCGACUCCCGAUGAGGAGUACGAAGAAGUGGAACAAUACGAAGACGAAGACAUGUUAGACGACACCAAUGAGGAGGGGCUCGACAUUAAACCCCCGCAACACAAGGCCUCCACUUCUUCGAGACAUAAGAACUACUCUUUUGACGCCAAUUAUUAUAGAAAUACAACCGAAAAGUCUUUGAGUCGAUCGGCAAAAGAGGAGCCGUUUAGACAAAAAGACAGACAUCGAGACAAACACCGCAACAAAAGUCGGUAUUCAGACAACAGGAGUGCUAAGAGUGAGGAAGAGGUGAAACGUCGCCGAAGAGAUGAUGAGACGGAAGCGAACGUCAAUCCAAUCAGAAGUCGAGUUACAGACAAAGAAAAAGAUAAGUCUUCGGAGCGAUGGAUGGUUUUGGACGAUAAGAACUAUUCUUCUAAUGACAGCCAGAACUGGAGGUCGAAAACCAAUGAACAGACGUCUAAUCGUUUGCAUAAACAAAGACAUAAUAAAGAGUUACCAUUGAAUCGCGAGAAGUCACGGAAAUCCCCGAAAUUGGAUAAAAACACGGAUAAAGUGAUGGACUCUUCAAACAUAUCUUCGGCACAGAAUUCCAAACAAACGGCAAAGCGAUUGAACGCAACGAUUGAAGUCCAAGAGGUGGAGAUGAGUGAGGAAGAGAUGUUGAGUGAAGAACACAACACUGUUUCAGAGCGAAGUGAUGUCUCCUCGGAAUCCAUUGAAAAUGAGACACAAGAGGCUGAAGAGCACGAGAAGAAAGAAGACUUAAUUCCAACGGAAGACAAUGAAAAUGAGGACAAAAUUCCACGGAUUGUUGUCGAUCACGAUGUCGUCUAUUAUUCCGAAUCUAAUGCCAUCGAAAAGAGUGUGAAAAGUGGUGAAGAAUUGGAGGAAUUAGGGGAUGAGAUGAGCUCGGAUUUGCCCGAUUAUUAUCCAGCAAUACAGGGCUGUCGUAGUGUUGAAGAGUUUCAGUGCAUUAAUCGCAUCGAAGAGGGAACGUAUGGAGUGGUCUAUAGGGCCAGAGAUAAGAGGACUAACGAGACGGUGGCCCUCAAGAGGCUUAAGAUGGAGAAAGAGAAGGAAGGCUUUCCGAUCACAUCAUUGCGAGAGAUCAGUACUCUAUUGAAAGCACAACACGAGAACAUAGUGACUGUGAGGGAGAUUGUGGUCGGAUCUAAUAUGGAUAAGAUAUACAUCGUUAUGGAGUUUGUCGAACACGACCUCAAGAGUCUCAUGGAAACCAUGAAACAGCCGUUUCUUUUGGGCGAAGUUAAGACUUUGAUGCAGCAGUUGUUGCGAGCCGUGGCACACCUGCACGACAACUGGAUUCUGCACCGGGACUUAAAGACAUCCAAUCUGUUGCUCAGUCACAGAGGAAUAUUAAAAGUUGGCGAUUUCGGGUUAGCCCGAGAGUACGGCUCACCUCUUAAGGCGUACACUCCUAUUGUGGUCACUCUGUGGUAUCGUUCCCCAGAACUGCUACUUCAGGCUAAACAGUAUUCCUAUCCGAUCGACAUCUGGUCCGUCGGAUGUAUUUAUGGGGAACUCUUAACAAUGAAACCAUUAUUCCCGGGCAAGUCUGAAAUCGAUCAGUUGAACGCCAUUUUCAAGGACUUGGGAACUCCUAACGACAAGAUAUGGCCCGAGUAUUCGGAGCUGCCAUUAGUGAAGAAAGUGGCGUUCGCUGACCACCCGUACAAUAAUCUGCACAACCGUUUGGGGCAAAAGCUCACCAAAUUAGGCUUUGAUUUACUCAACCGUUUCCUCACUUACUGUCCGAAACGUCGUAUCACUGCAGAGGACGCUCUCAAACACGAGUUCUUCAACGAGAGUCCCCUUCCGGUGGACCCGUCUAUGUUCCCUACCUGGCCCGCCAAGAGUGAACAGUCGGGUAACUCUCAGCCCCGCAAAGCUCACAGCCCUAAGCCUCCCAGUGGUGGCAAACAGUUCGCUAAACAGUUGGCCGGCGAUGACUACGAGAAGAUGAUUGAGAGCCAAGGCUUUCACAUGAGUCUACCCGUCCAGGGGAAGGCCUCCAAAGGCGGAGGAUUUAACCUUAAAUUCUAG